CAUGAAAGCAGUGGUAACAAGCCUCGUUUCCUAUUUAAAGCGUUUGCUUGAAGCGUAUAUUUAAGGUUUAUUGCAUCUAACAGUUAUUUUAGUCAUUAUAAUUUUCAUGCAGAGCUUGAGAUCAUACUAUAGAAAUAAAAAUGUUUGUACUUGUACUGGUUGCUUUUCUUCUGCAUUAUUCCUCAGCAAGAGAUAGUAAGGCUAUUAUUGGUUGUGAUGGAGUAGAAAUAGUAAGUAGAGAAGAGUGGCGUGCUAGACCUUCUGUCCGUGAGAGGCACAUGAAUUUGCCAAUUAAUCAUAUAAUAAUCCUGCACACAGUGACGCCAUUUUGUCGAACAAAACAACAAUGCAUUCGUCAUGUCCAAUUCAUUCAAGAUUUCCAUCUGGAUGAAAGAGGUUGGUGGGAUAUUGGUUACAAUUUCCUUGUUGGCGGCGAUGGUCGAAUUUACGAAGGACGUGGAUGGAAUCGCACUGGAGCCUUUUCAGUGAAUUUCAACACUAACUCUAUUGGGCUUAGUUUCAUCGGCAAUUUCAAUAAUGAUGUACCUACUCAAUCUAUGGUCAAUGCAGCACUGAAUUUCAUCAAGUGUGGAGUCCAAAAAGGUACCUUAACACCAACUCGUGAAAUUCAUGGUCAUAAAGACGUUUCUUGCACAGAAUCGCCUGGAAACAAGUUAUACGCCGUAAUUCGUCAAUGGGACAACUAUAAAGGAGGAAGAAUGCCUCUCUAUAACUGCAAACCUUUGCCAAAGCCUGAAACCAACACAGAUAUUUUAGAUGUGGGUUCGAAUGAGGGAUCAACGGAUAAACCAUCUGAAAGAGAUAAAUAGAUACAUUGAAAGAAAUACUUUCUGGAAAAGUGUCGUCUUGCUGAGGACCUCUGGUCACGCAUUUUUAGAGAAAAACUUACUUUUUGAGACUAGUGUCAGGGAAUAUCUAAAGAAUCCAGUUAUCAAAAUGCUCUCUUUUAAAACUCUAUAGUUUUACUACGUAUUCGUUCAGCAAGCCACGUUCUAAGAGGUGACGUUAGUUUGUGUUACCGAGAAAUGAUGUGUUACACUGAGUAUAGACUUCAUUUUUUACCGAUAUACAGUGCCAUACAUUGCUGUGAAGUGACAGUUUACUAAGCGAACUAGGGACAUGAUUUGAGGCAGUGAGAAGCAAAGGGAUGUAAGUGAAAGUUUUAAAGUUUCGAGUAAAUUGCGUUAAAAGUUAAGAUCCUAGGCAGGUUUUUAUUGAAUUUUUUUUCUAAAUCUCUUUGUAUAGCAGCACCUACCAGGACUACUCGUACUAUCUCAUGCCCCAAGGAAGAGGAGCGGUUCAUCUAUUUUUUGUACUGUUUUUCUACAAAUCUUUAAUGUUGUCGCUUACAUCACUUUGCUUCUCAGUGCCUCAUUUUACAAAUGACUGAAAUCAGUCUCAUAAGGGGUCGUCUAAAAUUGAUGUGACGCGUUGAGGGGGCGGCAAAAAAUAAUAAUAAUAAAAAUCCUUCAAACGGCUUCUGACUCUAUAUUUCCUGAUUGAGCAUGUGAAAAGACUCCCUGAAUCCAAAUAUGACCACCGUUUCCUCCCUAUUUUUUGGAAAUUGCGCCCCCAAUUUAGUUUCGUUUUUGGCUGUUUGAUUUUUAUUUGGAGGGGGAAGGGAAUAUAAUAUGAACCAUUAACCUUCUUCAAAGGACUAGAGAGGCAAAAAUUUCGAAAGCAUGAGCAUUUGUAGCAAACUAGGAGAUUCCAGGGGGUGCUCCUUCUUAAUAUGUUUAAAAAAUCACCAAAAAAGAUUUCUUUCUAACUUUUACAAUUUUUUCACCUUUAUUUCGGUGCAAAACCGAAGUACCGGACAAACUCCAAUGAACCCCACUUCCGAAAAAAAUUGUCGUUGUAAAAAGCAUAAUAAAAUCUUGGAAAAACCACGCACUGCAUACGAGUCGCACCCCUGACGCUGAUAUUUAAUAAAGAAAUUUCAUGUAUUGUGUUUAUAUUUAUUCAGGUUACACUCACAGCUAUAGUUAAAACUAAAAUUUAAACUAAUUAAACUUAUAACAUAACAUUAAUGUAUAUUUAUAUUUUGAGGAUGCACUACACCUUCAGGUUUCAUCCCUAUAUCAAGAAUUAUGAUAUAGAUACUCCCAUUAGUUUUCCAACUUGCUGUUUUAUUUAUUUUUUAUUUUUUUUAUUUUUCACCUCUUAAUCCCCACUGCAGAAGGUUAACGAUUCAUAUAAUGCUCCCUCCCCCCCCCCCCACCUCCUCCAAAUAAAAAUAAUGGCUGUGAAUGUUGAAAGCUGAAACACAAAAAAGGGGUGCGGCAUUUCCAAAAAUUUGCAGUUGAUGGAAGAAAACGGUGAUCAUAUUUGGAUUCUGGAAAUCAUUUUACAUAAGAAUCAGCAACAAUCGUCUCGGAAGCAUUUUGAAGAGGAUUUUUUUACCCCCCCCCCCCCCGGCGCAGGUAUUACUAUGUUAAUUGUAAUAAAAUUGUCUCCUAAAAAUAUUUAAAUGUCCUAAAAAAUAUUUUUUAUAAGUAUUACGCAUUGUUACUUUUAUAUAUUUAUAUUUGUAUAUCA